GCGCUGUUGGUAUGUAUCAGUCCAAAAGGAAUCAACGCAAAUGUAAUGCUUGUGGAUCCGGACUUAAAACAUCUGCAACAGGAUCAAAGGAAAUGUCUGAAUGUUUUGAUCCAGUGAAGGACACAGAUAAAACAAAAAUAAUUGUCGGUGUCAUUAUAGGAAUCGCUGUAACAGUUGUUAUAGCUGUUAUCGUCCUUGUGUUCAAAUUGAAGCAUUCAAAUGAGACGAAAAAAAAGUCACAUCCAGAUGCAGUAAAAAGACAUAAUUCUGUAAAGAAACCAGUGUUAAAUCAUGCGUUUGAAGACCCAGUUUCGACAGGCGAAGACCAUUAGUUUAUAUAUUUGUGUCGUUUUUGUAGAAUAUCAUUCAAAUAAUCAGAAAUAGAAUUUUUAUUUAUAGAACUUAAUUACAGGAAUAUAUCUCCCUCGUACAACAUGUACACAGCUCUGAUUCCUUGUCCGACUUUGGCUUUUCUUUUUGUUUUGUUUAUAAGCCCUCCGUUUUUUUAGAAGCUUUAAAUUUUCAAACAUUUUGACCUGGAUUUUCAAAUAUUUUGACCUCGAACAUCAAUGAAAAUUCAUUAUUGUCCAAAUCAUCAUUUAAAUAAAUAUUUACUGUUGAUAUUAUAACAACUACAAACAGUUUACAAUAGAUAAAAAAAACUAUUGCGAUUUGCCUUCU